AUGGGGAUUUCAAGCAUGAAGACAUUCAUCCUCUGUUUGCUCAUUGUUGGCAUGGUGGCGCUGAAUGAAGGAGUGGAAGCUGGGGGGACCCGCAUUAACCCUGGAGUUCUUGACCCAUGCCUAAAACCAGGAGGGCCACAUCCUGGUUGUAGUGGUGGCAGCAACGGUAAACAUAAACCCGCUAACCCCUACAACCGUGGUUGCUUGAAAAUUAAUCGGUGUCGUGGUGAGAAAGGAUAA